CCUUUAAAUGAGAGCCAGCUGGCUGGGCCUCCGCUUUACACUCGGAGCAAUACCUGCAAUUGAGGAUUCCUCCUGGGAGGCAGCAACCUGUCAGCAUGGCUCACGAGUUUGUGAACAGCAAAAUCCAGCCUGGGAAGGUGGUUGUGUUCAUCAAGCCCACCUGCCCCUUCUGCAAGAGGACCCGCGAGCUCCUCAGCCAACUGCCCUUCAAACAAGGGUCUUUGGAAUUUGUCGAUAUCACAGCCACCGGGGACGACGCAAGCGAGAUCCAAGAUUAUUUUCAAGAGCUCACAGGAGCCAGAACGGUGCCUCGGGUCUUUAUCGGUAAAGACUGUAUAGGUGGAUGGACUGAUCUAGCAAAUAUGCAACAGAGGGGGGAACUGUUGCCGCGGCUAAAGCAAACUGGAGCUCUAGAAUAAUUACAGAGCUGACCCCAGGCUGAUGUGUCCCCCUUGAGAGCUGAAAGGCAUUGCAAAUGAUGACCGCACUUCCUGGUGGAUGGAUCUGGGGCUACCUUUACCCAAUGACAGCAACUGUUGACUUAAAAUUCUGCAAUAUGUUAACCCCCAAAAAAGGGAGGGGAGCAGCUUUUUCUUUUUUGACUCGGUAUUAAAAAUGGCCCAACUUGCCCCAAACCACAAGUAUGAGAAGGUUGAUGGAUGUCUUGGGUUUCUUCUGGACCAGUCCUUUGGGUUCCAAAAGACCAUGACAAGUUAUGGCUUAUAAUUUGCUCACUGACCCAAACGAUGUUCUCUCUUUGGCACGUGUUUCUUACUGACUGUCCUACAUGAUGUGCUGGGAAUCCUCUACCUCUAAGCCAGUGUUUCUCAACCAAGUUUAUCCCAAGCCCCUUAGGAUGAAUCUAUAGUUGGUUUUCUGCUACUGCCUGAAAAUGAUUUUGUUGAGUUUGACUUUAUGGAGUUUGUAUUAUGAAAUCACUAAGUAUUUUGAAUGUGCUUUUUCAAACUGCAUGUGUCUCCCUGGUCACCAUCCCCACUCCACCCUACCCCUGUCUCAGGAAUCACUGCUCUGAACCAGUGUUCUCUACCUUCACAAACUCACUGAUCUCAUAGGAAAUGUUCAAAAAUUCCCUGAAGGGUCUGAGGACACCAUAUGAGAAACUCCAAAUGAAAAGUUAAGCACAGUUGGCCUUCCCUUGGUGCCCAGGGAUCAGAGGUCCAAGUGCAGAUGCUGUGAUCAUGUGUCUACACUGUUAUAUAAGAUGGUUGUCCAGGUAAUCCUGAACAAGUGCGGGUUAAUUUGCUUAGAUUAUGAACAAAAGUAAAACAUAAAAUUUAAAACAUUAUCAUAGGAAACUUGCAACUCCUUCUCCCAAGAAGGUCUGUGAAAGUACCCAAAUUUGAGAAACACUGUCCUAAAUGAUUUUCUCUCUCCUUUUUUCCCCUACUCUUUGAAAACAAGAAUCCCUCACUGUGAAGUUUGUUCCAGCAUUGCAAGAUUAAGUUAAUUUCCUUCUGCAGUCUCUAGUGUGAAUGUUAAUUUCUUUUCAAUAAAGAAGUACCCACAGAUGACACAAUGAUCUU